AUGGGAACAAAUACAUGGAAAGAAAUUGAAGAUAUUCCGUAUAGGUUUCAUCAAAUUAUGGGAUUUGGGGUGUACUUUCAUGGAAGGCCUCAUUGGGUGUUGGGUAAAUGGCGCUGCAGGUCUUCUGAAUCUGUAGUUUCCUUGGAUAUUGGUGAUGAGAGGUUUGAGGAAUUGCAGUUGCCAAUACAAUGUAUGGAGGACAGACGACGAUGUAUGAGUGUGGGAGUGUUGGAUGACCAUCUAUCUUUACUUGUUACAGUCGAUAACCGCCGCUGGGAAAUGUGGGUGAUGGAGGAAUAUGGCAAUUGUGAAUCAUGGACUAAACGCUAUGACAUUACCGAUUCCGCAAUUAGUGGAAAUUACAAGGAAUCAGAUGUUUGUGGUUUCCAGCGUAUGAAACCAUCAGCCUCUAACCUAGAAAUUGGGAAUUACUUUGAGAGCUUCGUCUCACUCAACUCUGAGACUUAUAGAGGGAGAUCAAAGAGAGGAACUAAAGUAAACUUGGAAGUUGAGAAGAAGAAGAGGAGGAGGAGAAGCAGUAUGUGUGGUAUAGUAAUAACCAGGGCAAGCACUCUCUGA